UUUUUGUCUGAUUUAAAAAAAAACAAAUUAAAAACGAAUCAAUUGCGGGCUGUCACAUGUCAGUGGAGCCCGUAAAAAGUGGCAAAACCCUCUCAAACUCGACUCUUACUGAAAAAGUAGAAGAGGCAGCCCUUAGAAUUUAGGUGGGAUCCGCAUGAUUUUAAAUUUUUUUUUUUAAGGGGCAACUUUAUAAGGCGCCGUUGUUGAUGCUCUAACUUUUUUUUUUGUAACACCAAUACUUUCAUUUAAUUAAAGGCCUCAUGCCCAAACGAUGUCUGAACAGAAAAUGAAAACUUAAGAAGCUGAAAGAGAUAAUUUAGCUAAGCGGUCGGCAUCUUCGUUGAAAGAACGCGAGAUGUGUGUGAACGAAAUCUCGACAAAUGCAGAAGAGAUUUGUUGAAUAUCGUUGAUGAAACCAAAGAUCUCCUUCGCCUGCGCGUCGUUGUUGAUUGCUCUAACGAGCGUUGAGUUGUCAGAGAGCAUCCGGAGUUUAGGGAGCUCGAGCUCUACUGCGUCGAUUAAUCCAGCACGGAGUGCCAGCGCUUCCGCUACUAGAGGUGAGGGCACAAAGUUUUGGGCCCUCGAUUCUUGGUGGAUCAUUCUUCCUGAAGGCUUAUUGAUGAUCCAUGCGAGGCCAGCUCUCCUUGAUUGAGCAUCGUAAGCUGCGUCCGAUUUGCACGUCGGAGUAUCACCGGUGGCGCUUCUGAACUGAUGCUUCCUCUUUGGAUGGGGUAAGACGUUCGUUGAUUGUGUCUGAUGAGCUUGUGCAUUAACCCAUUCCCUUGCCAGUCUUAUCGCCUUGGUUGCUACUUCUGUCGGAGUAAAGGUUCGCUUUUCAAACAAGAGCGUGUUACGAGCUGUCCACAAGGACCAGCACACCCAUGGUAGAAUGGUUGAGGAGACUCCCGAGGGUGGGAGGCAUAUUUGUCUCCUGAACGCAAUCACAUCCUUCUUGAAGUCGACCUCCGUAGCUAGGUGAACUACUUGUCGUAUAGGGAUUAGUUUCCAGACUUCCUUAGCGAAAGGGCAAUUGAAGAAGGUAUGCAUUGUAGAUUCUACUCCUUUGCAUCUUACACAGAGUGCCUCUGAUUGAAUUCCUCUUCUUUGCAGUAGUUCCCCGAGGGGGAUGGCUUCUUGUAUGAUGGACCACAUAAAGAGCUUCAUCUUUGGCGAGCACUUGGCGUUCCAUACAUCUUUCACCCACUCAAACGCAUCUGUGGUUGCCACACAUAGAUGUCUUCAGUGGCUUGGUUCCCUGGGUGGAUCAUUUGGAUUUCCUCUGCCACAAGGGCUGACAGGUAACUCAAAGCAAGACAUUGAAAAUGUGGGGAUUGCCGUUAGGACCGCUUUCAGCAUGGUUAGUUUACCAGCUUUGGAUAGGUGUCUUGUGGACAGGCUCGAGGCUCUCUGUCUUAUACGAUCCACUAUCGCCGUGAAUAGAUCCUUCUUCCUUCUCCCGAAAUGUUCAGCGUUUUCAGACAAGGGUAUAGGGAAUGUCAAGACCGGUGAUCUUCAAAACUGGAUCGGAGACCAUUUCCUUCGAAGUAAGAACUGGGAAGGGAUGAAAAGAUGCAUGGCUGAUUCUACCAUUUGUAAGUUUCGUCCACGUGACGUUGACUUUGACGCCAAACAUCUCUCGCACGUAAAGGUUAAUAAUUAUGACAAGACAUAAAAAAACAAUCAGGAAAGCUUCAAAUAUUUAUAUUCAACAACUAAUUAAGAUCAAGGCAAGUUUCUUAAACAAUCUAAUUUAACGUUAUAUG